AGAACAUUGUAACAAGCUGGAUCUGUUAAUCCCAUUCACCUUUUGGUUUCUACAGGGUGGGCUGCAGCUUACAAUCUGGAGGUUCCCCUGUGAGACAAGAAUAACUACUUAAUUUCAUGAAUGAAGGACCUGCAGAGAGGAGCUCCAUUCCUGAGUGGACCAUGGGGCUGAGAACAACUCGGGCUCCCAUUGGGUUAAAGAUGAAACAAAUCUGAGGCGUUUCCCCCCACCUCCCUUUUAUUUUUUUUGCAAAGCAACAGAACCUGUCAGAUGAAAUACUGGUUUGGAAUUAGGUGUUGUGGAAACACCGAGUGUCUCUGAGAGGGACAGCAGCAGCAAGUGUCAGCCGGCGCUCCAGCAUGGGGAGGGCUCUGGAGUUUAAAACGGUGUGAAUAUGAUAGCCUCCUGGAGCCUUAUGCAAGUGGAGACCUGUGCGCGCUGUAGAAAGUUGUCAGUUCGGAGGCUCUAAUCUGACAAGAGGGCGGUGUAAACAAACAACCAAACAACUUUGGAUCCUAACAAACGUACACAACAGCUGGAGGAGGGAAACAAAGCCGGAGGGGGUGGAUCUGCUUUAACUUGGAGGCGCGCAUGAGAGAAAGAUUUAGAAGGACGCACGGGCAAAAGGGCAGGAGGAAGAGGAGGUGAGUGACGGACUGUGCCCUCAGAGGGGGUUAAAGAAGAUGACCGUGGUGUCCCAGGAUGGCAAUGAAGAGCCUGUGGUGGUCCCUCCUUCGCUGCCAGAUGCUGCCGACCUGGAACCAGCGGAGCAGGAGUGCAGCGAGAGGGUGGUCGUCAACAUCUCCGGUCUGCGCUUCGAAACUCAGCUGAAGACCCUCGCUCGCUUCCCCACCACUCUCCUGGGGGACCCGCGAAAGAGGACGCGCUUCUUCGACCCCCUAAGGAACGAGUAUUUCUUUGAUAGGAACAGGCCAAGCUUCGACGCCAUCCUCUACUACUACCAGUCGGGCGGGCGGCUCAGGAGGCCUGUGAGCGUGCCCGUGGACAUCUUCCUGGAGGAAAUCAAGUUUUACGAACUGGACGAAGAUGUGAUCCAAGCGUACAAAGAGGACGAGGGUUUGUCCAAGGAGGAGGAGCGCCCACUGCCUUCCAACGAGUUCCAGCGCCAGUUGUGGCUCCUGUUCGAGUAUCCGGAGAGCUCGGGACCCGCGCGGACUAUCGCCAUUGUGUCAGUGAUGGUCAUCUUGAUAUCCAUUGUUAUAUUCUGCUUGGAAACGUUACCUGAGUUCCGAGAGGUGCCCCCAGAGCCUGAGACGCACCCCAAUGGCAGUGCGCAGGGCAAGGAGCCCAGUCCCUUCACGGACCCCUUCUUCAUGGUUGAGACACUCUGCAUUGUGUGGUUCUCCUUUGAGUUCACCAUGAGGUUCCUGUCCUGCCCCAGCAAAGCAGCUUUCUUUAAGAACAUCAUGAACCUGAUAGACGUCGUGGCCAUAGCGCCGUACUUCAUCACCCUGGGCCUGGAUCUGGCGGAGCAUCAGGGCAGCAGCCAGCAGGCUGCCUCACUGGCCAUCCUGAGGGUCAUCCGUCUGGUGCGUGUCUUCAGGAUUUUUAAGCUUUCCAGACACUCCAAGGGCCUGCAGAUCCUCGGCCAGACCCUCCACGCCAGCCUCAGGGAGCUGGGGCUGCUCAUAUUCUUCCUGCUCAUUGGAGUUAUUCUGUUCUCCAGCUCAGUUUUUUUCGCCGAGGUCGAGGACCCCGAUACUGCGUUUACCAGCAUCCCUGAUGCGUUUUGGUGGGCUGUGGUGACCAUGACCACCGUGGGCUACGGAGAUAUGUUUCCCACCACCAUUGGGGGGAAAUUCGUCGGAUCGUUGUGCGCCAUCGCCGGAGUGCUGACCAUCGCUCUACCUGUCCCUGUCAUCGUGUCCAAUUUCAACUAUUUCUACCAUCGGGAGAACGAAGAGGAGGAAAACGUUCAGUACAUCCACGUGACGUGCGGACAGCCGGAGAAGCUGCCCUCUUUGGGGGAGAGUGACUCCAUCAAAAGCAGCCAGUCGCUCUGCAAAACCGAGUCCUAUCAGGGGAGCGACGACUUGGAGAUUCUGACACAUCCAAACGACAACCAGCCGGAGACAUGCACAGGGAAACUGACAGACGUGUGAAAGAUGAAUUUUUUUUAUUCUAACUGUUAUUUUGGGAGGACAAUUAACUGGUUUCAUCUUGCGCCCUCUUCUUCUCCAACAACACCUUAUAUAAAUUUAUACAUAUUUAUAUCCUGGAACAUUUUCUCAUUAUUUUUUUUCUGCUGUGAAAUAACAGAACAGAAACUUUUUUGAUGGGAACUUUACACAGAAAACAUCAAAACUCUUUGGAGUAGUUUUUGUAACUUAUUUUUGUAUAGAAAGCCUGGUGUACAUAUAUUUAUAGUAUUUUUGUAAUUUUCAGUGUUUAUUACUUGAUGCUUUUCUUUUUUUUUCUCUUUACAAAUGUUGUUCAGAAUGUGUUGCAGUCUGCUGUAAACAAGACAGACAUCUUAAUGUGCCUGACCUGCAGUAAUUGUAAUAUAAAAUGUAAUAAAACAUCUAUUUUUCUAUUUUUAUGUUAA